GCUGCAGUGACCAAGAAGGGACGAGGGGGCAGGACGUGCCCAGAGUGAACAACAGGAAAAACGCUACAGCAGGGGACAAGUGCAGGACAGCCUCCAGGGUCAGGGAGCAGGUCACUGUGGGGCCGUGGAGAGAAGCAGGUGGCCAGCUGGGAGCCGAGUGACCUGCGCCUCAGGUUUCCUAAGCACGACAACCGGGAGCCAUGAGUGGUUGUAGAGCAGAGGGUGGUGGGUUCAGAUGGCGUGACUUGAGGGUGAGGGGAGGUGGGAGGGGAUGUGUGCUCACAGCAGCCUGUUCUGGAGAGCUGUGUGGGGGUGGGGAGGGGAACAGAGGGGACUGAGGUGGCAGGACAGAAGUGCUCUGUGCGGUGACAUCUUUCUGUGCCCCUCCCGCCCUCCCCUGCGCCAGUGCCUUCGGGGCCCCCGGCAACUUGCCAGGCGCUGGGGGAGACGCACAGGUUUUCCCUCGAGAAGCCUGCUGAGGCUCCAGGCCCGCAGAGCGCAGACCGGAGGCUGUAGCCCGGCCACAAGGUGCAGUGGAGGCGUCUGAAACCAGGCCGCCCACAGGAUGCUGGAAGCCACAGGGGCUUGGUGGGUAUCCGUCAUGUAAAGACACCGAGAGGCCUGCUCUGCUCCCCCCUCCACAGCUCAGGGAAGGUGGUUCCUGAGCACAGGAGGAAAUACCCUCCUCCCUGGGGGUCUCGGGGCACUGUCCCCCCGGGACUCUCCCCCACCUCCAACGGACCGCCCAUGACACACAGGAGGCCUUCCUCUGGACUCUCCUGGGCGUUUGUAUGUUUGCGGCGGGGUCUCACUCUGGCGCUUGCUGUCCACCCGGAACUGGGAAAGCCAGACGGGCAGCGGCCUCAGUCCUUCCCAACUCAGACAGCCCGAGGCUUCCUGCCUGCAGGAGCAGGGGCCUCUGGCAGGGGUGGGGUGGGGGUGGGGUGUUGUACAGGCCCCUGGAGGCCUCGUGGCUCCCCUUUGAUUGCCUGCAGUGCCCAUGCCCAGGCCAGGCCCGCCACAGGACGCGGGGCAGGCCUGGGAGGUCUCGACACAGCACAAAGUGGGGGUGUCGCCUGGUUUUCCACUGCUCCGGGGCUCGGCACGCUCUCAUCUGUGCUAACUAUCCAUCACGAGGCAGGGCAGAGCUUCUGGAACAUCUGCCUGCUGUGCAGCAGGAGGCCCACUGCCGGCCCUGCUCCGCCAGCCCCGCCACGGGUGCUGGGAUAAGGCAGCUCCUCCGCACCGUUUUCCUUCUCAACCAGGUAGCUGGGCCUGAUUGUCCCGUUCCCCAGUCAGGUGUGACCUGUCCGGAAAGCUCAGGGCUCUCCUCCCGAAGGCUGCCAGUCCCCUGCUUGUGGCUGGUCCCUCACUGCCACGAGAGUGCACAGGCUCAGGCUUGGGGCUCAAGCCCUUGCUGGGCUCACUGCCGACCCCUGGGGCCCCCCAGGUCCCGCGGUGAAGACCUGACCUGGCCAAGGCCUCCUACCACCGGAGCUCCCUUCCCCCCACCCCUCUCCUGGCCCAAGGCUUUUUCCGUUUCAACCCCUCCUGCAGCUGGUGACGUCCUGGGCUGCGUUCUGAGGACUGAGGGCUCCCAGGCCUGUCCCAAGGCAGUGCAUCCGAAGCUGCUCAUCCCAGUCCAGGGUCUCCAGCAGGAGCCGAUGAAGCCGGGGCCCAGCGCAGAGGCCAGGGCAGGCUUUGCAAACUCAUCGUAGUAAAAUGCAGAUUCUGACUCGGUGGGUCUGGAUAGGCCCAAGCCUGCAUCUGUAACAACCCCCCCACCCCCACCCCGGGGUGACACUGCUGGGCCCCGGGCGUCACUUUGAGCAUCGAGGGCUAGAACUCAUUGCUUGGUAGGGGCUUAGUGUGGGUCUACGGACUCACAGUCAUGGAUGAACGAAUGCACACACCUCUUACCUAAGAACCAAAGAGCAAUGAG